CGCAUUUUUUCAGAGGUGGCCCUAAUCCUCUCCCGUUUAUCCUCUUUUAAAGAAGUGAAGAAAACAAAGUUAUAGAAGAAGUUGACUCCUCUUGCACUAGGACCCGUCAGACUGUGCAGCCGGUAAUAAUCCGGCGCUAGGACCCAUCGGACACCGUUCUCGUCUCUUUGUCUCCACCAGUCCGAGCCUCCUCCUCUCCGUAGUCUCAUUCCGUGUCUCUCUCUCCAUCAGCAGCGGUCUGGAUGCUUGCAGGGACAGAAACAUGGCUGUGAAUCUCGGCAAAAACAGACUGGCCCUGCUGACCGCCUACCAGGACGUCAUUGACGAGACCUCGGACACCGACUGGGCCUUGUACACAUAUGAGGAUGACAGCAAUGAUUUGACACUGGCAUCAUCAGGAGGAGGCGGUCUGGCAGAGAUCACGCUGACCUUUGACAGUGCCAGGGUGAUGUACGGCUUCUGCAGCCUGAAGGAGCCCACCGCCGCUCUGCCACGAUACAUCCUCAUCAACUGGGUGGGGGAAGAUGUGCCGGAUGCCAGGAAGUGUGCCUGUGCCAGCCACGUGGCCACCAUCGCAGACUUCUUACAGGUCAGACCUACCACGGGGGUGGAGGUCACCGUGAACGCCAGCAGUCUGGACGACAUCGACCCGUCAGCCAUCGGGCAGCGGCUGACCAACGGGACGGCAGUGGUGGCGAGUCCGGUCCUGAGCCGCCUGAAAACGCGAGAGGAAGAGCACAGAGACGUGGGCACGGUGUACGAGAAGACCAAUGCAGAAGUGGAGAUGAAGAAAAUCAAUAGAGAGGAGUUUUGGGAGCAGGCCAAGCGCGAGGAGGAGGUGAGGAAGGAGGAGGAGAAGAAGAAGGCAGCGGAGGAGCGGCAGCGCUUCGAGGAGGAGCGUAUGGAGCUGGAGAGGAAAGAGCAGGAGAGCCGCGAGCAGCGGUACCGCGAGAGGGAGAGGCAGAUCGAGGAGCACAGGAAGAAGUUGCAGGAAGAGGAAGAGGCCAAAGAGAGGUUGCGGAGCCAGACCACCAUUGCAGCAGAGCUGAGCAUCGACGAUCUGAACCUGGAUAAGAAAGAGACUGAGGUGGAGGAGGCGAAGGCCAUCAUCGCUCAGCGGUCAGGAAACCCUCGGGAGUUUUUCAAGCAGAAAGAGAGAGCCAUGACCAUCAGUGUCGACACCUCACCCGUCUCCAUCCACAGGACCGGGGACGAUGUCGAUGAAGCAAGCACAGAGCACAACAUGGCCGCGGUGUCGCCCAUUCCUAAAAUAGUCACCACGUCCAUCAAAGAGGACUUCUGCAGGGAGGAGGAGGACUGCAGAGACGAGUGGGAUUCGGUGACGAAGCAGGAGCAGAAGGCGCCGGUCAAGGAGUCGGCCUCCGCCAAGCCCGUGCAGAGCGUGGCCCCGCAGGCCCGCGACUCCUCCGACUUCUCUGUGUGGGAGUCCGGGACGGACAGCCUGGUCAACCUGUGGGACAGUAGCUCUGGCCCUCCCCCCAACCCCUCCCAGACCUCCGGGUCCUCCGAUCUGGUGGACCUGAUGGGCGACGCUGCCCCGCCCAGCGCCUCCGCCACCAGCGCCAAGCCUCAGCCCCUCCUCAGCUUCGACGACAUGGUGGACGGGACCUUCUGCUCGGCCACCGUCGCCGAGGACGACCCCGCCAGCCUUGUGGACGUGACAGGCCCUGACCAGAUGACCCUCAGCUACCAGCAUGCACUGCAGCAUGCGUCCGCGGAGGGGAAGGAGCUGGAUGAUGUUCAGCUGCUGUUGACCAAUGGCGAGACACUGCUGAAAGAAGGCACUCAGGCCAGUGAGGGCUAUUUCAGCCAAUCACAGGAGGAAGAAUUUGGCCAAACAGAGGAGUCCUCAGCUAAACCUGCGCCGGUCUUUUAUAACAAGCCACCAGAGAUUGACAUUACGUGCUGGGACACGGACCCCGUGGUUGACGAUGACGAUGACUAACCGGCCAAUCAGAAACGACCACCGGACCAAGAGGAAGUAGGAAGUGCGCUUCAUGAAGAAACUGAUUUUUUUUUUUUUUUCUAAAAAACAAAACGCCAACAAACAAACAAAAAUAAUAAUAACAAAUCUUGCAUCAAAAGUACUUCUGUAUUAUCUUUUAGAGGAAAACAAAACAGUAGCCACCGAGAAAAAGUAAAAGGUAUCGUUAAAGGCUCGGUUAUGGGUUUUUCUGUGUGUUUGUUAUUUUAUUUAUUUUUUUUUUUUUUUUUUUUUUUUUGCUAUGCAGAUGUAAUAGCUGGAAGCUGGGAGGGACUUUUGUUUGUAAAUGAUUUAUUACACAUUACGUAGCGCACUGCUGCAUUUUAGACACAAUGGAGCCCAGUGUGUGGCAGGCAGCCGACACACUUAGUUUGUAGUGCUUUAAUAACACCCUAUAAAACUAAUACGGUGGAUCAUUACAGCUGCCAUGUAUAUCUCUUCACUCUGUUUCUUUUCUUACCUCUUUUUCACCUCCCUCCUUCCUUCUGCCUUCCUCCCAAAAUAUCCAGAAAUAUUCACCUCGGCAAGUCAGUUAAUCUUGGAUUCAGCCCUCGCUUUAUUGGGGGAAAAAAAAGGUGAAACAUUUAAUUUAUUCUGGUGUAUCUGAACCUCUGUCACUUACAGUUGAUGCGAUCCUGAAGAAACCAUAUCCAUUCUCAAGAUGAAAUUCCUGAAACGAGUCAAACUGUGGCUCGUUUUUUAACCUUUUUUCGCUCCUUUUGUAUGAUUUUUAAGACUGAAUUCAAGAUUAAAUGGCUUGUAAAUCUGUACGCUUUUUCAGUGCACUUUGAUUUCUUCUUCUGCCUCCCCUGUAAAUGAACUGCAGCUUCUCAAUCAAACCCUUCCCUCUGGUUCCAUAAAAUUCAUAAUUUUUACCCCACGUAUAUAUUUACACAAGCAAAAUAAUAAGCCUUGUUUUUGCAUCUCACCUAGAUGAAUAUACUGUAGAUAUUUUUCCAAGUGUUAACAGUUUUUUUAGGAGAGUGUGGCUUUAAGGUAAUGAACCUUUAGCUUGUGCACAGUAGGAAGAAAAACAAUGACUCCUUUGUAUGAUUCUUCAAAAGCUAAAAAUGAGACUUUUUCACAAGGCCCUUUAUAAUGUGGGCAGUGGGCACAGAUUGUGUUCAGAGUGUAGGAGGUUUGAGAGGCAGGAUGCCCUGCCUUUUCUAAUUUUAAUCAGUUUAAUGUUUAUUUCUGGCAGUUAGGACUUACUGUCCCACUCAUCCGGACAUCCAUGACAGAGGGAGGGUGGGAUGAAACGGCUAGAAGCAAACACGGGCCACACAACUUUUCUUUUUAAAUCUGCAUGGAGAACCAGAUGUUUACGAUCUAUCACGUCACUACGGAUUUGAUUGUGUCAAGUGAGAUGUCAAAUCAAGUCCAUUUUAUUCAUAGAUCCCAAAAGUUUGUAGAGCGAUCUCUUCACAGCCAUUAUCGACAGGAAGAACUAUUACAGCAAUCAAUAACCAUAAAAUUCACAGUAGUGUCUGAAUCCUUCCUCCACCACUGCUAGGGAAUAAAAGUUCACAUAUCUUAGCCUCUUCUGCUUUGACUUUGACCAUCAGAGGGUAGUCGAUAUCAACAACGUUCCACUUCCAGGAUUGCUCCGAUGCCACCGGAAAAUCCGCCGGAUGUCCGUUUCCUUCCUCUUUCUUU